UCACUUUCAAUCUGUCAGGCCGUUUUACGGUCAGAAAUCCAUAAAAAAAGGACUUCUACUUUCAAAGCAUUUACGCAUCCUAAUCUAAAGGCCGAGUCCUCCAAGACAUGUAAGUUUUAACCAAACCAAACCAAACCCAUGUUGUCCAAUUUGUGGAAAAUAUCUGUUUUGGCUCAACAGUCCUCUUUCUGAUUCUGAUUCCUGAACAGAGAUGGCAUGGCCUCAUGAAUCUUCUUCAACCAGAUAGACAUGGUGAUGUUCCUAUAAAUACUGUCGUUUUUUUUCCCAGUGUAAGUGACUAGUGAGUGUAGAAUAGUGGGAUAUUGUACAAGGAGGGAUAAUGGAAAUGAAAGAGAAGAAAUUCCUCAGAGUCGCACCCUUUGAGUGUGCUUGGCGAAAGGAUUUGAAAUUCCGGGAAGCUGGGCGGGGUUGUGUGGCUUUUGAAGCUUUUGCUCACAAUGAUGUCACUCUGGUGUUCCGGGAGAAUGUGGGAAGCCAGCACUACCAUUACAAAAGAGAUAAUAGUCCUCACUAUACAGUUAUAUUGGGUAGUCAUAGGAAUAAGAGGUUGAAAAUUGAGGUAGAUGGGAAAACUGUGGUUGAUGUGGCAGGUGUUGGGCUUUGUUGUUCUUCGGAGUUUAAGAGCUAUUGGAUCAGUAUCUGUGAUGGGUUGAUUAGUAUUGGUAAGGGAAGAUACCCCUUUCAGAAUCUUGUCUUUCAGUGGCUAGAUUCGAAUCCAAAUUGUAGUGUUCGGUAUGUUGGGCUUAGUAGCUGGGAUAAACAUGUUGGUUAUAGAAAUGUGAAUGUGUUGCCAAUAACACACAAUCACAUAUCGUUGUGGAAGCAUGUGGAAAGUGGUGAAUUAGAGGGUGAGGAGGAAGGGGAAGACGAAUUGAAUGGUGAAUACAUGGAUUAUGAGAAAUGGGGUCUUGAAAAUUUUCUUGAGAAUUGGGAAUUGUCUGAUAUGGUUUUCAUUUUUGAUACUGAGGAAAGGCACGUUCCUGCUCACAAGGCUAUCUUGGUUGCAUCUGGUAAUUUUCCUUUCAGUUUGUCUGAAGAUGUUGUCAAACUGCCGGCUGUAACUUAUCCAGUUCUUCAUGCAUUUCUUCAAUAUAUCUACACAGGCCAGACCAAGAUUCCAGAGUCACAACUUGGUCCUCUGAGGGCACUGGGAUUACGUUUUGAAGUAAUGUCAUUGGUCAAGCAGUGUGAACAAAAUAUGGAACGGUUUAAACUAAAUAAAAAGUUGUUUGACUCGGGUAAGAGCGUGGAAUUAUCAUAUCCGAGCACUCGGACUCAUUAUUGUGCAACCUUCCCUCUUGGACUUCCUGUCAAUAUACAAAAGCUCAGACAAUUGCUCAUAACUGGCAAAUACAGUGAUGUGAACAUAUAUAUCGAGGGUCAUGGUCUUGUUGCCCAGGCACAUAAAGUUAUUCUCAGUUUAUGGAGUGUCCCAUUUGCAAAGAUGUUCACAAAUGGAAUGAGUGAAACCAUGUCCUCAGAGGUUUCUUUAAGGGAUGUGUCACCUGAAGCAUUUAAGGCUAUGCUUGAGUUCAUGUACAGUGGUGAACUUGAUAUGGAAGCAACUGUGGUUGCCGGUGCUUUGCUACUCCAAAUUUUAUUUUUGGCUGAUCAAUUUGGAGUUACUCUCCUUCAUCAGGAAUGCUGCAAAACACUUUUAGAAUGCCUCUCCGAGGACUCAGUAUGUUCAAUCCUCCCAGUGGUUGCAUCAAUUCCAUCAUGUAAACUUAUUGAAGAAACAUGCGAGAGGAAAGUUGCAAUGCACUUUGAUUACUGUACAACUGCAAGCAUUGACUUCGUCUUGCUAGGCGAGACAACUUUUAGCAAUAUUAUUCAGCAUCCGGAUUUGACCGUCACAUCUGAAGAAAAAGUUCUUAAUGCAAUCUUAAUGUGGGGCAUGAAAGCAAAGGACUUGUAUGGGUGGGAGGUGGUAGAUGAACUGAUAAUAAAUUCGUUUCCUGAACACCUUUUUGGGGAAAGGCUUCAGUCAGUUCAUGACUUGUUGCCAUUUGUACGAUUUCCGUUACUUCCAUAUGCCUUACUUAAGAAGUUGGAGAAGAGCAGCAUUAGCAGGCAUAUUCAUAAUUUUCAUAAUCUUGUGAAGGAGGCCAUCAGUUAUGUAGAAAAUGGAGCAAGGCUAGAAAAUGAUCAAAAUAUUAGAUUUCAACAUAGGCGAUCUAGUUAUAAAGAGCUCCAGUACAUCCGUGAUGGGGACAGCAAUGGAGUUCUGUACUUUGCGGGCACAUCAUAUGGAGAACAUCAAUGGGUAAAUCCUGUUCUGUCUAAGAGAAUAACUAUUACAGCUAGUAGUCCCCCUUCAAGAUACACUGAUCCCAAGGUUUUGGUCUCAAGAACCUACCAGGGAACAUCUAUUACUGGGCCUCGGAUGGAAGAUGGACAUAAGUGUGCAUGGUGGGCAGUUGACCUUGGCCAAGAACAUCAGCUUAUGUGCAACUAUUACACCUUGAGACAGGAUGGGUCAAGGGCUUUUAUGAGAUCUUGGAAUCUCCAGGGCUCUCUGGAUGGGAAGAGUUGGACAAACUUGAGAGUACAUGAGAAUGAUCAAACAGUCUGCAAACCUGGUCAGUUUGCAUCAUGGCCUAUUAUUGGACCAAAUGCCCUCCUACCCUUUAGAUUCUUUAGGGUCAUAAUGACUGGCCAAACCACUGAUGCUUCUAACCCCUGGAACUUCUGCAUUUGCUUCUUAGAACUAUACGGCUACUUCCACUAGUUUGAUAGGAACUGUGUGCCUCCCUGGCUUAUGUAUUAUCGUGUGUUGCUUUGUCUUGUUGUUCAUUUGCUUGGUUAUACAAACAAAGCAAGGAUAAAGUUGAGGCUUUUUAUA